UUGGGGUUUUUGGCUGGUUGGAACCAUGCUACUGCGAUUCAGGAGAGUCAGAGGGAGAAUAAGACUUUUGAAGAGGGGAGUUGGGGCGUAGAGAUUUAUGAGGGGUUGGAACCGGAUAUAAAGGGGAAUGGGGAUGUGAUUUUUAGUAAACAUUGGUGUAGUAGUUCAUUCCAAAACACCGAUUUGGAUUAUCAGUUGAAACAGAGAGAUAUUACACACUUAGUAUUUGGUGGAUUGACAGCAAAUACGGGUUUAGAAUCCACUGCGAGAUAUGCUUAUGAAUUAGGAUAUCAUGUGACGAUGCUUAAAGAUGCGACGGCUGGUUUUACUACCGUGGCAAAGGAUGCUGCUACUGAUCUUAUUUGGCCACUUUUUGCAAAUGAGGUAUUGACGGUAGCUGAGUGGAAGAAGAGUUUGAAGAAGUGA